UCAACAAAGAUCAUCAAAAAAAUGUAAAUUUCGUACCACACAAACACCAGAAUCUCCUCAUGGUAUCAAAAUCCUUCAUUAGUGCUCUCUUCUUCUUCACGUUCUUACAAGCUUCCAAAGCUCAGCCAUGGAUCAAAGCUGGGUAUUGGCUAUCAGCAGCUGGUUCCCCUUCAUCCGACAUAAACUCACCUCUGUUCACUCAUCUUUUCUGUGGGUUUGCAGAGCUCAUAAACUCCACUUCUUACGAGCUUCAUUUUUCAUCCUCUGAGCUUCAAAGUUUCUCAAACUUCACAGCAGUUGUCAAGCAAAAAAACCCUUCUCUGUCAACUCUUCUCUCCAUUGGCGGCGGAAAUGCAGAUUAUCAUGUUCUAUCCUCAAUGGUUAGCAAUUUCACUCAUAGAAAGGCCUUCAUUGAUUCCACCAUUAAACUUGCAAGAACCCAUGAUUUUGAUGGGCUUGAUUUUUGUUGGGUUUCAUCCAACACGACAUCCGACAUGUCCAACAUGGGGAAACUCUUUGAAGAAUGGCGACAAGCAGCUGAAACAGAGGCUAAAAGCUCAAAAAGGCAAGUGCUUAUUUUGACAGCAGCUGUUCAAAACACUCCAGAUUUGGAAUUUGGGUCAUAUCCUGUUGAUUCCAUAAGAAAUAACUUGAAUUGGGUUAAUUUUUUGGGUUAUGAUUAUUACAUGCCAAGUUUUUGGCCAAAUUUUACAGCUCCUUCUGCAGCUUUGUAUGAUCCAUUAUUGAAUGAAACAAACACAGACAGUGGAAUUAGUCAGUGGAUUGCAAAGGGAUUGCCUGCUGCUAAUAUUGUUUUGGCUUUGCCCUUUUAUGGCUAUGCUUGGACACUUAAAAAUGUUGAGGAUUUUGGUGUUGGAGCAGCAGCCAUUGGGCCAGCCAUUUCUGCUGAUGGGUCGAUUACAUACAAGGAUAUAAAGGAUUAUAUGAGGAGCAACAGGGUUGAUAAUGUGGAGUUUAAUGGUAGCUAUGUGAUGAGUUUUUGUGUGGUUGGAUCUACUUGGAUUGGGUUUGAUGAUGCUAAGGUUGUUAAAAUUAAGGUUAAUUAUGUCAAACAAAGGAGGUUGCUUGGUUACUUUGUUUGGUUGGUGUCUAAUGAUGACAAUUGGGAGCUCUCUUCUAUUGCAGCUAGCGAGUUUGGGAAUGAGAAAGAAAACAAAGUAUCUUUGUUGAUAGUUGUCCCAACCACAAUUGGUGGUGCCAUUGUUCUUCUCUUACUAGGGUUCUUGUUGUUUAGAAGACUCAAAUCGAACAAAUUCAAAGAUGCAGGAAGAAGAUCAAAAUUCAAUAUAAAAAAUCUUGUUGGAGGAGAAGAUUUUAAGAACAGUGCUCCUGAUUUGCAAGUGUUUAGCUAUGCUGAGAUUGAGAGAGCUACCAACAAAUUUGCUUUCAAGAAUAAACUUGGACAAGGUGGCUAUGGCCCUGUUUAUAAGGGAGUAUUAGGAAAUGGACAGGAGAUAGCAGUGAAAAGACUGUCAGCAACUUCAGCACAAGGUUUUGAAGAGUUCAAGAAUGAAGUUUUGCUCACUGCAAGACUACAACAUGUCAACCUUGUGAAAGUUGUUGGAUUCUGUGUUGACACUCAAGAACAUAUGUUGAUUUAUGAGUACAUGCCUAACAAAAGCCUCGAUUUCCAUCUCUUCGGCCAUGGAAGAGGAAAUUUGUUGAAUUGGGCAAAAAGAGUAGAGAUCAUUGAAGGGGUAACUCAAGGACUUCUUUACCUCCAAGAAUACUCAAGAUUGACAAUAAUUCAUAGGGACUUGAAGCCGAGUAAUAUUUUGUUGGACGAUGGCAUGAAGCCGAAAAUUUCAGAUUUUGGCAUGGCUAGAAUCUUCGCAAAAGAAGAACUUGAAGCAAACACGAGCCGAAUUGCGGGAACAUACGGCUAUAUUCCUCCUGAAUAUGCGAAGCAAGGAGUUUAUUCUACGAAAUCAGACGUCUUUAGUUUUGGAGUUCUUCUUCUUCAAAUCAUAAGUGGGAAGAGGACUACCGAGCUAAAUGGGGAGCACGAACGUUUGAGUCUUCUAGAUUACGCAUAUGAGGCUUGGAAAGAGGGCAGAGGAAUGGAGUUUAUGGAUCAAUCACUUGAUGAUUCUGAGUCAACUUGCAAACUAACAAGAUGCAUACAGAUAGCUUUGCUUUGUGUUCAAGAAAAUGCAGAUGAUAGGCCAACCAUGUUGGAAAUCUCUUCAAUGCUUAAGAGUUCAACUUCAGAGCUUAAAGAUCCACAAAGGCCUGCUUUCUCUGUCAAAAAAGUUCGUGAUGAAACCGAUCGUAGCCUUACGAUGGAUCGACAAACUUACUCUGUUUCUAGUGAAAUAGUUACAGAAGUUGUAGCUCGAUGAUAACAGUGUUUUAGAAUGAUUUUAGAAUGUGACCAAAAUCACUUCGUUAUGAGUAAAGGCAUGUUUAUGAGUGAUUUUAGAACAACUAUAAUCACACACACAAACAUGCUCUUAGUAUAGUUUCAACUGUUCUUUUUAGCUUCGGAAUUGAAAACGUUUGUAAGAUAAGAUUUUUUGUGAUGGUUUUUAUGUUAUGUUGGUUGGGGGAUAA